GGUUUCGUGAUUGUCUGCCUCAUCAAUCUCAGUCUCUUGUUCGCCGUUCUCGUGCCUUUUAGCUGAUUGCCGUUGUAUACUGUGGUGUGUGGAUCGAGUUCGUGAGCCAUGUCGGGACGCGGCAAGGGAGGGAAGGGGCUCGGCAAGGGUGGCGCGAAGCGUCAUCGAAAGGUUCUGCGUGAUAACAUUCAGGGGAUCACCAAGCCCGCCAUCCGGCGCUUGGCUAGGAGAGGCGGCGUGAAGCGCAUCAGCGGUUUGAUCUACGAGGAGACUCGCGGUGUGCUGAAAAUCUUUUUGGAGAACGUCAUUCGUGAUGCUGUGACCUACACUGAGCACGCCAGGCGCAAGACUGUGACCGCAAUGGAUGUCGUGUAUGCGCUGAAGCGACAAGGCCGGACUCUUUACGGCUUCGGAGGCUAACUCUGUUGUUUGGAGUCGGCUUGUAAACCUAAACUGGUGUUCAUUAACACCACCUUUGCCGCGUGCUUUAGCGGUCCUUUUGCUGCUUUCGAAUCUUCGCAGUGUUUCAUAUGUCAUAGCGUUUUUUUUUCAAACCCUAAACGAGACUGUAUAUAGACGGUUAUGUAUAUGUUCAGUUGCUUAAAGAUGUUCUGUAGGGCCUCUAAUGUGGUGUGCGGAAUAGUCUUUCAAUCGGUUCGAAGACGGAUUCCCAUAAAUAGUUAAUGUUCAUCAUAUUCAAGCUGUGUAUUUCCAGUAACUUGGGCCACGUUUUCUCAGGAGACGUUUGUUAGCUGUUAUGACACCAAUGCCGUCACUAUUUUCCAUCACAUCUGCAGGAUGCCUCUACCGGAUAUCUCUUAUCUCUCAGAGGGAGUGCAACGUUUUAUUAUUCAGUUUGAUGUUGCGUUUAGCGUGUUAUAUGUGCAUGUACGGAAGAGUGGAGGCUGGAUUCUACUUUGAGGCAACGUUCGGCACAUGAAGACUUGUGAUGUUGGCGGAAGCUAUCUCGAAUGAUUUACUUUCGAUGUGGGGGCAUCUCUGAUCA